AUGAGCAUUCCUAAACAGUCUCGGCAGCGAAUCUUCGUCUUCUUCGAGCUCCUCUUCUGCACCCAGCCAACAUGGAUCGAUGUCGUGCUGCUUAUAGUUGGGAGCAUCACCGCCAUCGCCGCCGGUGUUCCCUUCCCGCUCAUCGGCAUCCUCUUCGGCCAGCUUGUCGACGACCUCAAUGCGGCGACGUGCAACGCCGAGUCGAACACGGACCCGUUCCAGUACGAGGGCGCCAUCGACCACGUCGUGGUCCAGAUCGUCUACGUCGCCGCCGCCCAGUUCGUACUGAUCUACUGCUACGCCGCCUGCUGGAACGUCCAGUCCCAGCGCCUGAGUCACAGACUGCGGGAGCGGUACUUCCGCAGCCUGCUGCGCCAGGAGCCCAGUUUCUUCGACGACAAGCACGCGGGAGAGAUUAGCACCCGGUUGACCGAGGACUUCGCCGCCAUCGAGUCUGGCGCCAGCGAGAAGGUCGGUCGGCUGCUCGGCCAGCUGAGCUUCUUCGUCACCGCCUACGUCGUCGCCUUCAUCAAGCAGCCUGUUCUGGCCGGCAUCCUCGUCUCCCUGGUCCCUGCUUUUCUGUUGAUGUCGUUCCUCGGCAGUCAUUUCUUCAAGAAGUACGCAGUGAAAGCUACCGUGUCCUUUGGCGCGGCAAGCUCCAUCGCUUCGGAAGCGCUUGCGAACAUUCCCGUUGUCCAGGCAUUCGGGGCCGGCCCGAGACUGGAGGUUAUUUUCGCCAAGCACAUAGCUCUGGCUCGCAGCGAUGGCAUCAAGAAGGCACUGGUCGCUGCCACACAGGCGGGGUUGCUGUAUUUCAUCGCUUACAGCUCUAAUGCUCUGGCCUACUGGCAGGGCAGUCGCAUGAUUGUCAAUUCAAUUAACGGUGACGGGGACGCGACGGUUGGCCAGAUAUACACGGUGGUUUUCCUGCUAGUAGACGCUUGCAUCAUCCUGGGUUCUCUCGCGCCGCUUUUCCCAAUCUUCGGUGCUGCCUCCACAGCCUACGAGCGCGUCCGCUCAGACAUGGAGCACACCUCGUCCAUUGAUGGCCUAUCUGAUGAGGGUAUCAAGCUACCCUGGGACACGCCGGGAUCUAUCAAGUUCCGCGAUGUCUCCUUUGCGUACCCUUCCCGACCAGACCAGCCUGCAUUGAAAAACGUGGAUAUGGAUUUCCCGGCCGGAAAGCAUACCGCCAUCGUCGGCCAGUCCGGCAGUGGGAAAUCGACGGUCGCUGCCCUGCUGAACUGUCUCUAUAGCCCAAGCAGCGGCGCGAUACUAUUCGACGAUCACGACACGAAGGAUCUCAACGUGCGCAAUAUCCGAGGGUUCGUCAGCUUAGUUCAGCAGGAAGCUCCGCUACUGGACCGGUCCAUUUUCGAGAACAUCGCACUCGGUCUUGUCAACUCUCCUCGACCCAACCACGAAAGCCUGAAACCCGUUCUGAUGAGCGCAGACCUCGAACGCAUUGUAGCUCAUAGCGGCAAAGAUGUCAUGGACGAGGCGGCCCGGAGGCAAGGCCCCAUCGCUGAGAUCGCACGCCUAGUGCAACGAGCCGCCGAAUUGGCUGAUCUCUACUUCAUCGACCACCUGGAACUUGGCUACAGCACACAGGUCGGUACCGGCGGAUCGCUUGUGAGCGGCGGGCAGCGACAGCGCAUUGCGCUUGCCAGGACCCUGAUCAGAGAUCCCAAGAUCCUAGUUCUCGACGAAGCUACCGCGGCCUUGGACUCGGCUACGGAGAAACGUAUCCAGGCUGCCAUUGACCGUGUAGCCGUCGGCAGGACGGUCGUUUCCAUCGCUCAUCGCCUAUCUACUAUCAAAAAAGCUGACAAUAUCAUCGUCAUGCGGGAUGGUGAGGUCGUCGAGCAGGGCACAUAUGCUGCGCUUGUGGAGAGGGCGGGUGCUUUCGCCCAUCUUGUUGCUCUCCAAGGACUUGACUCCUCCAAGACAGAGAGGGCCGACUCCUCGUCACUGGAGAAUACAGACGUCGAGUCACUCAACGACGAUGCGGAGAAGAGUGGUCCAGUCCCUAGUAACGUUAAGGGAGAGAAAGUCUCAUCCGAAAGGACCGGACCAACAGACACAGCAGUGCAAGCUAGCACGGAUGAUGUGUCAAACAAGAUCAAUGACUCUCUAUCAUCCUGGGCUGUUGUUCGCGGCUUGAGCUGGCUCAUCAGACCCGACUUGUCAUGGUUAGCCCUCGCGGUUCCUUCAGCAGUUGUAGUCGGCUCUGCAUUCACUGCCAUGGCUUUGAUCUUCGCGUAUACUAUCGGCGCCCUCAACCCGUGCAGCUCGACGGCUUCUCACAUCAUGUACCUGGGCGAGUUCUUCGGCGGACUCCUCUUCAUGCUUGCAGUCGUCGAGUUCCUCGCCCACCUGUUCAGUUGGUCCUCCUUUGGCCGAGUCUCAGAAAACCUGCUCUAUCGGACCCGAGUGUUGAGCUUCAGGACCUUGGUGGAGCGAAGCGUCCAGUGGCACCACUCGGAAGGUCGCAACCCAAGCAAUUUGCUUAGUCUAAUCACGAAGGAUGGUGCGUCGCUCGGUGCUUUCAGUGGAAGUAUUGUCGGGACAGCUUUCUCCAUUAUCGUGAACUUCCUCGUAGCGAUCAUCGUGUCACACGUCUUCGCCUGGAAGAUCGCGCUCGUAUGUUUGGCGAUGGUUCCAAUUCUCCUGGCUUCAGGCAUCUUACAGAUUCGCGCUACUUCCAAGUACCAGGAACGCAGUCACAAGGCCUUCGUCGACGUGAUUGGGAUUACAGUCGAGGCAGUCAACCAGAUCAAGACCAUUGCCAGUUUCUCGUUGGAAGACGAAAUUGUCCACACUUACAGAAGGGCCCUGGCAGGUCCGAGGAAGGACAUCAUCAAAGAGAGUCUGCACACGAGCAUCUACCUCUCCAUCUCAAACAGCACCGGCUUCUUCAUCUACGCGCUCUCGUAUUGGUGGGGAUCGCAGCUCAUCAUGCGCGGCGAGUAUUCGCAGACGCAAUUCUUCGUUGUCCAGGUUUCGAUGCUGGUCAGCGCGCAGCUCUGGGGCCAGAUGUUCUCCCUCGCUCCCGAAUUCUCUCGCGCCAGAAGCGCCGCCUCUAGGAUCGUGAGCUUGAUCAAUUCGGGUGAACAUAAGGAACUCAUCAAACCUUCUGCGAUCCUCAAUGACUCGAACAUGGGUACAACUGCCAUUGAAAAAGAGGGAGAUGCUGAAGCAGGCGUGGGCAAGUCAUCACUUGCGCCUCAGGGGUCGACAGCAGCCAUGAGCGUCGCCUUCCGCGACGUCCACUUCGCCUACCCUUCACGUCUCCAAUUCCCCAUUCUCAAGGGCACUUCCUUCAGCGUCGCCCCCGGCCAAUUCGUGGGCCUAGUCGGGCCCUCCGGUGCCGGGAAGUCCACCAUCAUGGGUCUGAUCCAGCGCAUGUACUCCCCAACCUCCGGCUCCAUCGCAAUCAACGGUUCCGACAUCAGCAAGCGCGCCGGCACCGACUUCCGCUCCAACAUCGCCGUCGUCCCACAAAAUAGCGCCCUCUUCAACGGCACCAUCAAGUUCAACGUCGGGCUCGGCGCGCGCCCGGGCCACGACGCCACAGAUGCCGAGAUCGAAGACGCGUGCCGCACGGCGAACCUGCACGAGACCAUCACCUCCCUCCCCCAAGGCUACGACACGGAGUGCGGGCCCAACGGCUCGCGGCUGUCGGGUGGACAGCGGCAGCGCCUCGCCAUCGCGCGCGCGCUCGUCCGAAAGCCGGGUUUGUUGUUGCUGGACGAGAGCACCAGCGCGCUGGACGCCGAGAGCGAACGCGCGCUGCAGGUCGGGCUGGAGCGCAUCGCACGGGAUAUUACCAUCGUGGCGAUCACGCACCGCCUGCAUACGGUGCAGAAGGCUGAUGUUAUUCUAAUGGUUGAGGGGGGGUGUAUUGUGGAUCGCGGGACGCAUGGGGAGCUGAUGGAGAGGAGUGAGGGGUAUCGGGUUAAUGCUCUUCAGCAGAUGUUGUGA